AUGAAGAAUUAUUUACUGUGUGUUAUUUUAUUCUUAUUUUUGUUAAUUUGUUCGAUUUCUUCGGAAUGGAUAACAAUCAAUGAUUAUUCUGUAACAACAUGGAAUGAAUAUACUGCAGAUCGUCCAAAGACAUUAACUACAUUUAAAAUCAGUAAUUAUCCACCAAAAUAUGUCAGGUCAUUAAAUAACCGAAUAGAUACUUAUACGUAUGAUAAAAAUAAUGAAAUUAUUUAUUUUAUAAUGGACCAAACACUUUAUGGAAUUUCGAAAUUUUUUAAAUAUAAUUUAAAAACCAAUCAAAUUGAUCAAACAGAACAAAUUCAACCUUUUAUGAUUGAUCGUAUACAAUUUAAUCCAAUAAGUAAUCGAUUAUAUGCAAUUAUACAUGAUUCAACUCGACGAAACUAUUAUUUAGUAGAAGUUGAUACAGAAACACUACAAAUAAAAAAACAAAUCAUGCAACUUUCUGAUCGUAUUUCACCAAUGCCUGGAAGUUAUUUUAAUUCUCAAACACAAUUAUUUACUUAUCAUGCUUAUGAUUUUCAACAAGAUCAUACUGUAUUAAUUACAUUAGAUUUAUCAGAUAAUGCAACAAAAAUAUUUGUUGGAUCAAAACAAUUUGAUUUCAAUGUUUAUGGUUUUGGUUAUAUUCAACCAGAUAGUUUAGUUGCAUUAUGGCAAUAUAGUAUUAUAACACCAAUGGUUGCGAUCAAAAUAGAUGAACAAACGGGACAACAAAUCAAAAAUGUAACUAUAACACCUAAUGGUGUUAGAAUUGCUCAAGGUUAUAAACCAUUUUCCAUGGAUUUUCAAAAUAAAUUAUUUUAUGUUUUGUCAUGGACAGAAGAUUUAUCAGCAACAUAUAUUUCAAAAAUUAAUAUGGAAACAAUGAAUGUUCAAAUAACAGCAAUUAAAGGACAAAUUAUUAAAGAUUAUAUUUUUUAUAAAAGAGAAUAA